CAGAAAUUCCUGUUCUCAGUCGAGUUGGGAACGUCGUCGUUAAUAGAAGUGCUGCUGUUUUGCGGCCCGCGUGCGUUACAUACUCUCAGAAAUCAGCAAAAAAUAUCAGAGCGCAGCAGUGGGAGGACAGUAAAAGAGUGUCACUUUCGAGAGGGUGGCAGCAUAAUAACAUAAUACCCCACACUCUGCACCCAGUUUUCUCUUGUGUCCCUUCUGUCUCGUUUGCCAUGAUUAUUUCUCCAGAUCACCAGCAUUGAAAGCGGAAGGAACGUGCGUGUGAGUGACACCCGAGCAGUGUGGAAAAAAAAUCGCCGAAGAAAAAGUGUCGCCUUGCGGGUUUUGGAUGAAACGGAUAACGGUUCUUAUCCUGCCUGUAUGUAAUAAUAUCAUCUCGUGUGUAGGUUCGCAAAGGCUGAAGGUACGGAACGCGAUGCUGCCGUUGUUAAUAAAGUGAUUAAAGAUUCAGAUGUUUGGAAGAGAGUGAAAUAAUUUCCAGUUUAUGGGUGAGAAGGUGAGCAGAGCAAUCAGAAGAGCAAAGGUACGCGAGGCAGGAAAUGAAAUAGAAGGGCAGAAAAAGUGAAGUUUAUCCGUAUACUUCUGACCGAAAACAGAAAGAGGCUGCACUGGUUCGUGUUCGCUUAGGUGUGAGGUGAAGAGGAGAAAUGGUUCGCAGUCGCUACCGCUGUCGUGUACGUUCGUAGUAACAGAGUGUCAGGAUGAAAACGCUGGGAGUCACCAAAAAUAUGGAGUUUGUUGUUAGUUCAAUUGAAGGCAAAAGUUCAGUGGAUCUUUCGGAGAAAAAUUAAAUUAGAGAAAACGUAGGCAUAGCAGAUCGGAAGCAAGCGCGUGCUCGACACGCGACAAAGUUCGUGUGGGUGGGGUGGUAUUCUGGUAACAGAACAUGUUUCCUAACAUCCAGGAGGGUAAUAGAAAACUUCAAAAACAUGGGCUGGGCAUCCAAUGCCUGUCAUAGCCAUCUUCUGAUGAGUGUUUCCAGCUUGGAGCGAUUAGGCUCUGAUGGUUCUAUCAAUUAAACUUUCUCAUCGAGGUGUAUGAAGUGCAACAACUAAUAGCAGAAUCCAUCGAGCAAAAUUCCGCAGCAGAUCUCACUCCGACGGUGUGUGCAGUGUGUAUAUUCUAGUACCUUGUAUCCCAAGCGUGCCGAAAACGAGCGGAACCAAACGAAACGAGAGCGAGAGCAAAGUGAGAAGCAAAGCAGCGAAAAAAAAAUCGAUAAAAACAAUCUGCUUCUCAUCAAAAAUACAUUUCCACCGAAAGAGAGAAAAUUACCUUUUCUUUCGUGGGGUGUUUCCUUUCGCUCCUCAUCUUAGAAACAUCAUUCGUCUUCUGACGUUUAUAUGGCUGCUUCUGGACCGUGUUGGGAACGACUUCGCCAACAGUAACAGGAACCAUCUAACCGGAAGAGACAGCAUAAGGAGAGCCGCAUCCAAAAGACACCCAGCGAAAGAGCGAGAGUGGCGAGAAACCAACAUUCGAACGUGAGAAAUUACAUCCAUUCGAGAGCAAAACAUGGAUUUCCGGAUUACGCUGCUGCUAAUUAUCGGCACAGCCUUUGCAGUGGAAGUUCAUUUCGAGACGCCAGACAGUGGCUUCUUUCUCAAGCAUUCUCCUCGCCAGAGCUCGGUGUCAUCGUCCUCGAGCAAAGGGCGACCGAGCAUCGAUUCGGUCCUCUCGAUAGACAGAUUCACAGUCGUACAAACUAGUCAACCUGUAUCGAUUCGCGCCAGCUAUGGCCCCUUCUCAACGAAACAAACAGUUCCAGCGAGGUAUAUCGUCCCAGAUGUGCUUGAAUCGUCUAGCGAUUCCACACAGAACACCACCGCUGCGUUGAUGGACCUCCAGCAGUCCAAUCUUCACCUGGAUAUUUCGGCGCACUUAGUCAAGAACAGCAUACCACGUGACUCGCCCGUGUUGAGGGUACUAUUUCACGCCGGUGCCGAUCCGGGAGGACACCUUCAGCGUCAGAAGAUAUGUGUUCUUCUGCAUGCAUCGAUAGGCAACAAAACGCCUCUGAAAGGACGUUGCAUGCCAGAAGGCGAGGAUGGAGUUUGCGUAGCAGAAGUUGUUAUUCCAGCCAACUGGUGGUCACCCUUGCCACCACCGGAGAAAGAUGGGCGUCCGGCUGCGUUUCAAAAAAGCCCACAGCGAAUGGUACAAGUCUCGUACAGUGUUUUUGAACCGCCGGCCCGAAGUCCUGAGAUGUGCGAACCCAAGGUACAAAUUCAACCAUUGACACCGUUCGCAAAGGUUCCGCUUGUGCAGUCCCAAAUGACCUACAAGGAGCUGCGGGCGGAUGAAACACUGACCAUGAUGGUUCCCCAGCAGCCCCUCUAUCCGCUGUCGAAGAUUCAUGUUCCAGUGUUUCUGCAUCCGGAGCCGGGACAAAAUGUUGCGGUUUUCAUCGUGAGGGCACGCGUCAAAGCGGGAAUGCGAAUUCUAGGUGCCAGCGCAUCGUCGGAGGAAUGGAACGUUUCGGUUGAAAAGGAGAAUACCAAACAUACCGUGGCGAGAGUGACCGCUUUCCGGAAGGACCAAGAUCCGGAUAGUCCGGUUAGCACACCUGAAGACGUGAACGCGAAUAGAGUUAUGGAAGUAUUUUCCUGGCUGCUGGAGGUGGCGAAUGAUACCAAAGACCACUGGGAUGGUGGGAGGAUCGUGUGGUCCGUGAGCUACGUGCACGAUGGACCAAUAGUUAAACAUCUUUCCGCGGAAGUCUCCACUGCUCCUCACGAGGAGGGCAGAAAGAAGAUUGUGGCCAAGCUUGACAUACAGAAAGAUGAUAUUCAGGCAGUGCUGCCGAUUUCAAAGAAUUGGGCGCUGAUGAACACCGCAGUGUUGACCGGACGACAAGUAUCCCAGGCUAUGAAGGUGUUCAUCGUUUCGCAGUCGGGAAAGGUAGCCGAUGUGACAUUGCAGAGUUCUUGUCAGGCUGAAGAUGAGAGUGUCAUAAAGGUUUCAUCAUCAUGUAGUUCAGUCUACGUGGAUGGUUCAGAGGCCCGAGGCUCUUCGAAUGCAUCCGUUCUAGUCAAAUACGGAACGUACACAGGGUUGGCAAAGUUCACAGUGUGGAUGCCAGAAUUUCCGCUAGAAGUAUCCGUGGCCGAUUUUCGUCUAUCGCAAAUCAAAGGAUGGAAGAUACCUGAUGAUCACAAUGCGAGCGCGAACAGCAAAAUGCGUCGCAAGAAGCGGGCCUACAGCUGGGGCCAUGCAGGAGUUGAUUUUGCUAACGGCGUAUCGUCAGAACGAAGUGUCUGUCGGGCACGAUAUCAGCAAAGCCCAGUUGAAGUUUACGCUCGUUUCUUGGCAACCGAUCAGGACUCUGGUCGCAUAAGCUAUUUGAUUUCCAGGCGAACUGGACUGAGAGUGACAGAUUUGGUACAGCCUUUGCUGAGGGUUGCGGAUCCAAAAAUUGCUACUCUGAGAGGGCGAACACUGCAGGGAAGAGCAAUGGGGAGAACUGAUGUUCAGGUACUUUCGCCAAUCACUGGCCGAGUUAUCGGUGCUCGUGAAGUUCGAGUUGGAAGCGAUAAAGUCAGUAUAAACAGAUUGUUGGUACGCGUCGUCUCAGGGCUUCAGCUGUCGAUUACCAGCGAUAAUGCGAUUGAGAACGGUUACAUUGCUGAAACGUCGGUUACCAGAAAGCUGACAGCCCAGUAUCAAGAAGGGUUGCUGGAUAUUGAUCUGGAGUUUUCAGAUGGCUCAAGAACGCCGCUAAGAGACAUUUCGGUAGAUGAUUACUUCUUGCUGGUGGAAAGUUUGGACACGGAUGUGGUUGCAUUCGCUCCAAUGCUAGCCUCGCAUCAUCCACGUGUGAUUGCGGUUGGAGAGGGCAAUGGCAAUCUGCUGACGGUUACUCUAUUGCUGUCCGAGGAAUGUCGCCUCAGACGGAAUAUUCCGGUUGCGAAACAGGUUGGGCCCCUGGUGAGUGCCGUCGCAUCAGUACAAGUGGACUUCAGUUCCGUCGACGUUGGUACCCGGCCGGACACGGUUCAGAAUGACGGUAUAGCCGGUCGAGAUCGUAAGCCCGGACGAGAACUAAGUGAUUUGGCUGAUAUUUUGAUAGGUAUUCCGCUCAAGGAUGACAACAGUCAGGAACCGGUGGCCCUGCAGCCGUCGCGACAACAUCGCGGUGGUAUCCCGGGAUACACAAACAACAAGAGCAUGGUCUACGCCGACGCGAACUCGCUGGAGAUCGGAAUGUAUGUACUGCUGGCAGCUUUCUGUCUAGCGAUUGGGGUCUUUGUCAUUUCAUGCGUAGUUUACGCGUCCAAGUUCAGGCCGGUGUCGAUUGAUGUGACGGGGGAGGCCAGUGUGCGGGAUGGAAUGGGCAAUGCUUCGGUGCUGGGGGGCAAAGGCACCGAAUCCACUACCAAUGCUCACGAUUGGGUGUGGCUGGGACGCGCUACUGUGGAUCGGUCAACCAACGGACAUGAACUAGGUGGAAACAAUAGAGAUUCACGAAUGCAUAUCAUCAAUAACCCGAUGAGCUCCAAAUAUGGCGACGCGGAAGAGAGUAUUGUUCAGGUGAAUAGUUUUGACAAUCCAAAUCACAUCCAACUGCCGUCGAGUACUGUAGGGGAGCCAAAUGGUGCCGUCAACACAUGUACUUACGUUAAGAGAGAACGUAGAAGCCGAAUCUUAAAUGAAAACGAUAAAGCACCACCUCUUCCUCCACAUGGCGUUCCUGUCGUCGAUGGAAUAGACUAUCGUCCGCCGGUUCCACCUCACAGAAGCAUGGGUGUGACUGCCAAUCCCAUCACUAGGCCUCAGGAACCGAUGAUUCAGAUGCGAAACCCAAGGCCACGUCUUCAUCCCCGUUAUGCUCGCAACAGCAGCGGCAACUGCUCUGCCACUAAUCCAGCAUUUGAGAUACAACUCCACGGAAAUCCUUCGCAACGUAAUCUUAAUUUCACUCAGCAGCAAAUAAACGCUGCUUUGUUCAAUAACAGUGUUCCUCAGUACUCGGUUCAGCCCAUUGUUCGGCCAACAACCAAGUCUCCACACGCAUUUGAGAACAUGGGAUUCUCGGUGGCUUCCCAGCAACCAAUGGCAGGUCCCUCCAGCAAAAGAAAUACGGACGAUUUGCACAUGGCCGAACGUUUGGUACAACAGUGCGCUCAGAAAUCGGCAUUCAAGUUUGACACCAUCAACAAUCAGUCAAACAGCAGAAGUCCACCGACGGUGGUGGUCCUCGGAAAUAGUAAUCCAGUAGCGGGAUGUAGUAUUAGGGAAUGUUCACCUAUCAGGGUGGAGACAACCGCAGAAAUCAGUCCAAUGCCGGUGGCAGAGAAAAGGCGUUCCCAUGGGGAGGAGUGCGCGCACGAAGCCAAAACACUUGACUCCAACUCGGACGAUAACGGAGGCUUCGUGACGCCACCGAACGAACAGCCCCAGAAGCAGCAGAUAAAGUCAAAGAUCCCUGCGCCUCCGCAGCCACUGAAGCACAGCAAACCGACGGUCGUUGGCAAUCCGAUGUUCGCAAACACACCCGACAGCGAACUUGGGCCCGGCGAAAGUCUCGGCCUGGACGACUUAGAUAUGGAUUACGAACAAAUUAUGCAUUAUUUUGACAAUUUGAAGGAAUCGAAUGCCUGAGUGCAAGAGAUCAUUGCAAAGAUCCGCGAGAUAUUGUCAUCGUUCCAGCAGCAGUACCGGAACGUGGCAAUAUCGCCCGUCAGCAGUCCGACGUGCAUUCCCGGAAUCAAUGACCCGAACUUCGAGCACUUCUUCGAACAUCUGAGCGAGUCGUACGCCUAAGAUGCGACCCGCGUUUCGUUCAAUGUUCCAGUUCUUCGUACUCUUUGGUUCCCCAAAACUCAUCCACUGAAAUAACAAUAUCGGUCAUUCAUCAGUUUCGUCGCCCUGACGCAAGACAUCAUCAAUCAAUGUGUUGCCACCGAAUGCAGGUUCCGGUAGAGUCUGGCUUAGAUAAUGUUUCGUAUCGUAUUAUGAAUGGAUCUCAUUUCGCCAUUAUUUGUUCCUGCGAAAGAACGAAAACUAAACGAAAUAUGUUUGAAGUUGAAGAAGAAAAGCGUCUUUGCAGUGAUCGUUUGAAGCGAACAAAGUUUUCAGAACUAACAGAACAAACAAGGAGAAAAAAUAAAUCUCUAGUUGAGAUACGUAGGUAAAUUAAAAGCGAAAAUUAUACACCUCUGCGCAAGAUGAAAAUAUUGUGUACAGUGUCCGGCACCCAAUUGUGGUAUUACAUGAGAAACAUUCACUGAAAUAUUCGUAUGAUUGUGUUUUGUGACGUAAUAGUAAGCAAAAUCAAGCAUGUAAGCAUAAACAAGCGAACAAGUAUUUAAAAUGCAACAUUUACUUUGGCUUAAUCGUAAUGUAAGAUAAACCUACAGUGGCAUUUCUUACUCCGUUUCUAGCGAGAAUUAAACUUUUUUUUUAAUUUUCGGAAGUUCUUCUGAGCAGGGUGGCCACCCAUUCGGGAAAAAGUUGGGAAUCAAAACCCAUCGGGAAAAAGACGGGAAGUCGUGUUUUUUUGGCGUUCUAAUAUGGUGCUGGAUGUGUUUUAGUGUUUUGUUUUCAUCGAGAUUUGUUUCUGUCUUACUCGCACUGCCUUCACUCAAAUGAUACUUUGGGCCUUAUUUCCGUGUACUCGGAAACGUGAACGCGAAAACAAUGAGAAAUGAGUACAUCAUUAUUAAAGAUUACACGCAACUGUAAACAUUUCAUGCUCUCGUUUGUGUAAACAGAGCGAUUCCUUGUACUCAUCGUAGUAGCCGAUGGCAUUUCUUUUUCGAAACAACUCGUCCACUACUCGUGGAUAAACAAAUCAAAAUACAACUGACGUUUCCCUUAGAAACGACUUUGGAAUCUCCACUUUCUACAUGAAGUUCAUUUUUACACUUCACGAUAUGUGGAAACGGGAGUAGGUGCAAAGAAGUGAAGUGAGAUGUAAGUGUAGUGGGAACGUAAGUGUAAGUGGAUACGGGAAUAAGGCGUGCGCUAAAUGUCAGUAGUGUCUAUAAUGUUUUGUGCGGCAUCAUCGUCAGUUGAAUCGUUUUUGUGUGAAUAUCAAACAGAGUCUCCGAUGGCUCCUUUUCUUUUCGAUGACCUAACGAAACUUAUAAGUGCUGUUAUGGAGGAAAUUAUGAAGCCCGAAAGAAUGAAAGUGAAAUCUAAACCACUUGUCGAACUUGAACUCACAGUACAAAAGUACCCGCUGCUUGCAUUUAUUUUGCUAUGCCGAUUUCCCCAGGCUCCAGCGAUCAUUCCUCAAUCGUUGCGCAAUCAUCACUGAGUGAAUUUCCGAGCGGCGCUCGCUUAUAUAGCGAUUAUUGUGAUUUCAAUAGCCUGUUUUGAAAGCAAUUUUAGAGCUAUUGAAACAAGUUUUUGGAUAACAAAGUGACAAACAUAUAACGCGUGGACUUUUUAUCUUUCGAAUGAAAGUUAUUCGUUCGUUGUGCUGCCAUCGCUUGCUCACUCGAAACUAUUAUUUCUAAAUAAGGAUGGCUUUUUCAUAUGAAAUAAGUUGGAAACGGGCAGAAGCGAAUGCAUUAGUUGCUUGCUCGUUAUUGACGAUACGGGUAGGUAAACACAUAAAUAGGCAGGACAAAUGUAUGGGAAAAUGGAAAUGCUCCGAGUUUUCAAUGAUUUUAGCGGUUUAACGAUUAGAGGAUUGUGAUGUAUAGCAUUUCAAACAAAUCUUAGGGAAUUUCCGAUUCGAUUGGUAUAGUAUCGGAAAUUGGUAUAGUGCUUCUUACUUCGUGUUAUUUACUUCAUCUAGUCUCAUAUGCUCGUAUUCCUGCUAAGCAUUUUUGUCCAGCGUUAUUUCAACAAGAUAGAUUUAUAGUUAAUAAAAUAACUAAGCACAAGUUAUUACUUUGAAUGAAAAUCUGAACAAAUCUACAUACCUUACUGAGUUACAUAAUGAGUUUUAAAACAUGAUUGCUUUUUUUUUAAAUUCUGAUUGUUCAGACUAAUUACUUAAUUUGACUUACAUUAAAUUAAUUGUAGGAUUUCGAUUGAAAGAAGAGUCGUAUUAUGGACUGAUCAUAGAGAGUAUCCGGAACAUGCUCAAAAUCUAUUUGGAUGUAAUCAAUAAGGUUCUUAUCAGUUAUUCUAAUAAAUGACACUUUUCGAAUUCUGAGUAAAUAGAGGUGGGGUGGAUUUGAUACGUUUUGAAGCGCUUCAGGUCCAAGGCGCACUUACAUAAAAAAAAUCCUGUCCGUAUCUUCUGAAGCCUACAUCCAGCCCAAAAUCUGUUGCUGAGACCGUCGAACUUUUUGUCACAUGCGGAACUUGGAAACCAUAAAGUAAACAUAUUUUUGCAAUUGUGGUUAAAAAAAACAAUUUCAACUAAUGACACAAUAUUAUUAAAUUUUCAUUAUUGGGAGUCGGGAGUUCCGUGAAAUCAUGCGAAAAAGGCAGGGAAAAAGUCGAGAAAAAUGCGGGAAUUCGAAAAAUUGAAAUUGAGUGGCCACUCUGUUCUGAGAGAAUUUGUUGGAACCUGUUGGUCAGGAUGGAUACAUAAGCGAAAAUAUAUGAACUGAUCAACAGAAUAGAAAUUGCACUCAAACAUCCCUCACACAUACACACAGGUUGGACACGCUUCUGGUGCUGCUUAUAUUUCGUAGGAAUCGGGCAGGAUCUUUGGCAAGCAGUUCCGCUGAUGGGCAGUCGUAUUGAGCAAAGUGGAACUCACUGUAUUAUAAUUUAUUCAAACAACAAUAAAUCAAAUUAACACUCUAGUCAUUCAUUUAAACAAAUUUAAGAAAACAAUUAAAUGGUAAUUAACGCAAAAGUAUAUAUUAUGAAAUACAGUUAUUAAGGUUAAGUUGGAGACAGUGUAUAGGAGAUAAACUCACACAUACCUUAUAAAUUAUAAUUGAAGCUUUAAAACACAAAAAUGAAACAUUUUAUACAUAUAUAUAUCGAUUACCCAAGGCAAAUCCUGCACACAAUUGGCAACUGUUUUGUGAGAGUUCGUUAAAGCAUUAAACUUAUUAAACUGCUUCAUAUUAUAAUGAGAAGAGAGAAUAGAACAUGCAAAUGCAAAGAAAGAAGCUUGUAAAUUGAUCAUUAACAUAUCAGAUUGAUAUGCUAUUUUAAAUUCUGUACAUAGCAUUCGAUAUCGUGGCAGAAAACAAGAUUUGCACUCUGUUGAGCUUACUGUUUUGACUUUUUUUUCUGUCGUGUCGAGCUGAACAGGUAUAGUGAUUUCAAGAUUAAAUUUUAAGUAAAUAUCUGCCAUAACAAUGCUGUAACAUCAAGCCACACACAUCUGUCUGUACGGAAAAUGAUACCAAAAAUUAGUUUGUUAAGAAAUCGUUAGGCUUAGAAGCAGCAGCGGCAGAAAGGUAAGCAGGAUUUCAUUGAUGCUAGAAGAAAGGCAAGAGGAUAAAAAUUAAAUAAUCUAAAAAUGCAAAUCGGUGUUCAUUGUGCGACUUUAAACAAGAAAAGUAUGGAAAUAACUCAUGUACCUAUUACUCAUUGAAAAGAUGUACUCAUUUUUGUUCGUAUCAGUUAGUAGUUUUGUUUUGUUUUUUUUUUAUUUGGAACAAUAUUCGUUACGAUCAAACCACCAGCAGGGAUGCAACGACAUUCCCAGUAGUAGCCCAUAUAUCGUCUCUGCUGGAUUCGAUCAUAAUGUUUGGAGAAAACAUUCGUUUGUUUCAGUUGCGUCAAAAGAGUUUUUGUCUUGUUAGAAAUGUUUUUGUUCGUAUCUACACACAUACUCACAGAUAUCGCAUACUCGAGAUUUGGGGCUAUAUGUAAACAGCUACGCUGAGAGACAAAUCAUUACCGCAAAACUAUAAGAAAACUAUUAUAAAAAUAUAUUCUAUCUUCUACUCGAUAGCGCGGUUUUCGCUUAUACUCUCUCAUCCUUCCUCCUCUCCGGCAAUUGUCCUUUCUCUAACCAAGCUAAAGAGUGGUUCCAACACAAAGGUUCAUACGCAGAUUGCGGAGAAAAUCUGGAGAAUAGGUGUCUAGCUGGCAACGUAAGCAAAAGUCGAACAAGAGUGUAGUCAUUCAGACGAAGCUUUCCGGAUUAUCAACGCGUCGCCAAUUUUUCCAAUAUAACACAGUAACACAACCAAAAUGACCAGCUAAAAAUAUAUAUUGUUUAUAAAUGAGCUUGAUUAUACACGUAAUCCGCAGAUAUCAGACUAACGAAGAGUAAUACAACAAAGUGACAAACAAACUAAUGCAUCUACAUAUAUAGAAAAAUUUAAAGCAAAUGGAUACAAAAAAAAACAAAAAUAUGCAAAUAUUUUGUAUUCGAUAUAACGUUAUGGAGAUAUGAUUUCUAGAACUAUUUAUACAACCAGACGACAAGAAGCAUGGCCAGAAAUGUAGGGAAAAACUACGAGAUUAGUAAUGCAAGCCGAAAAUCACAAACAGCAAACGUGUUUAGAAUAGUCGAAGCGCAGAACAAAUAUAUCUUUUUUUUUCAAAUAGUUAGUGAGUCGUAGAACAACAAAUCGAAAACUAUUAAAUGAAGGGGAAAGGAUUAGCUUCGCGGCAAAUGGGAGAGUAAUAACCUACACGAACCCAGAAACAAACGAAAAUGCGUUAUAUUAUACAUAAAUUAAAAGAACCUAUAUAUAAAAUGCUGAACACAGAAACCUGCUUGAGAAACAAACAUUGUGAACCAAAUCAAUAAAAUUAUUAAACGCAUAUAUCGCUGUUGUAAGCUCCCAGAAUGCAAAACAAUAAAAUGUAAGCUCUAUACAUGCGAAUAUAUACAUAUAACACUACAAGAAAACCGCAAUUACUACGAACCAAACCAGUUUUACAAAAAAACGUGUGAUUCUUCCAACGUAUGAACGCUUCUCAAAACCUGUCGAAUUCUAUUGCUUAACGUUUCUUUGUGGGCUUAAGUGCUUAACUGUCAAUUAUCGAUGCCUUUGUUAUCUCCCUGUCCAUUUAACCCGAGCUAUUGACAACGCACACCCAGAUUCAGGUCUCUUUUUGGGCUGAUAACAUUUGAUUUCAUUUUGCAUGAUUUACAAAAACAGAAAAGAAAGUGAAUGUGAAUGCUUCAAAAUUUCGAAACGAGAAAAAUGGUAAAUGUAUCCCUUUAAAAAUGCGAACCUCCUCUCCAUACAGUGAUUUUGUUAUAAUUGAACUAAACUCCCGAAGAAAGCUUUGUCUUUCGGGGAGAGCCAAACCUACAGUUGCUUUUUGUUGACUAAUUGUAUCGAUUAAUUUAUACGUAAACAGAUUUUAUGAACCAGUUUUCAAACUAUUUCCCGUUCCGCCCCCCACCAAUCAAUAUCUCAGUGAACCCAGUGAUACCUGAGUCUAAGAAAUCUUCCAGAAGUCGACAAUUGCAAACACUUGUUGAACCAUUCUUGUUUUUUUUGUUUUCCGUGAACUAAUUUUCUCGUGAGUGUUUAAAUUGAUACAGUUACCACCGAUACCGAGCGAGACCCGAGUGAAUAGCAUUAGUCAAACCCAUGCAAUCAUCCAAAUUUCGGAGGAAACAUAAAGUAUUUCGUUUUUUAGAGUGCAAAUGCAACAACAAAAAUAAAAUAACAAAAAAAAAAAAAGAAAAGAACAAACCAAAUUGAAAGCAUUAAUGUCAGAUAUGUAUUAGCGGCGACAUUAAAUGCAUAUACUAAAACAAUUGCAUACGAACCCUCAAACUCUCGGAAUGAAGAAAAAUAGAAAAAAAGUUAUAUACGCGAAAAAAAAGAACAAAAUGAAUGGUGAAAAAAAAAAUGAAACACGAUGCGAUCGACGAAAGGAAGAAAUCCGUGCAUGAAACGACAUUAUUAUUAUUAUUAUAUUAUUAUUAUUUAAAUAAAUUAUUUGAAUGAAUACAAAAUAUAAACAAAUAAACGAGAAAUUAUUUGUAACUGUAAAAAUAAACAAAAAGUGCUUAUA